CGUCAGUUGAUACGCAUUCUUGUAUGUAUUCACUUUGCUUCUCUUCAGAUCCGCUUUCUUGCAUUGCAGCACUGUUUUCUUCAUCAUCUGCUUCGCUUUCUUGCAUGUCAGCACUGUUUUCUACUAUACCAGUUUUGAAACUUGAAAACUACUUCCUUUUUCUGCCCUGCCUUUCUGUUGAAGUGUUGAURGUAUUUGUGUCAUUGCUUUGGAUGCUUUUACACUUGAUUUUGUGGAGAGCCUGUAGUGCUUUUGAGCUCGGAAUGGUCAAGUAGAUAGAUUAUCACUCGGACCGUUCUUCUUCUUGAAAACUAUAGUUACUGCUCCUUUCCGGAAGUCAUUUGAGGUCACAGAUUUUUCGAUUUUCGCUUUUUGCCAAACUGACUUUCAAAUAUUGGAAAUUUGAUUUGACUGCAUUGCCUUUCCGUUCCAUGAACGAAAAACCCUUUGAGUCUCACUUCUGGCAGGUAAAUCUUGAGCCAGCUGUGGAGGGUCAUACUAAGAACAAGAUUGGCAGUACCAUUGCAAUGCGAGGUCUAGGUCUAGGUAAUAGUAUCAACUAGAGAAAAGAAAACAGAGAAUAGUUAUAUUUUAUAGCUUGUUCUUUGUCCUGAUUGGCAUAUUUAGGUUCACUGAUCAAGAUUGUCAACUCUUGAAUGAUAUUUUUUUUAUGUUUUAAUUACUUGAGCCAUCUUAAAAAAUGUUAAAAUUCAAAUGUUUUCGACUAUCAAGUCAUCUUCAGGUGGAUUAUGGAAAUUAGCUAUUGGUUAGAUUGUAAUAAACCCUUAGUUAAUUCCCAUUUGGAACAGUUUUGCAAUGUACAUGGUGUUUUGUUUAGUUAAAGUGCAACUGAACCCUUUUUACAAGGAAUUUUGAUCAAUUCUCUAUAUAUUUUUAAASAACAUGCAAAAAGAAUUUUUUGAAUUGGUGUAAUUUUCGAUUUUUAAAUACGAUUUGAAAUUCGCGCCCUUGACAAAUUCCGAGGUUCUUUUUGUUAUUGGGGGGGUCUAGGUCCGAGUGACGUAUACAAAGGGACUUUUAAUCGGCGGCAACUCAAACACUAUAAGGAAUCAAUAGACGCGUCAAAGAGAAAGCUAAAGAACUCAAAGAUUUUCAAGUUGAAAUCAUCGAUUUUCAAACUGAUAAAGCUAUGUGCSAUAAUUCUGACAAUGAGAGUUCGUCUCCAUCGUCUUAUGAGGACGAAUCUGAUGAUGACAACCUGCAGGACGAACGCGAUGAGCAGUACGACACAAACCCGCCGCGCACACAGUCAACCAGCAGUCUUGAAGAUGACUUAGAUGAAGGCGCCUACCAAGACGAGCCCAUCGCAAGCUCCGAGUGGGUUGAAAAGUAUAGCAAGAGACAAGAAGAGAUAAACGAACUUGAAAUGGAGUUAAAUAAGCGACUUUCUGGUGAAGUAUCAGUCAGUAAUUGGUGCAAGUGUGGAAAUUGCAAAACAAGAACGCUUCAAAAUAUCAGCGAAUGCUACUGUUGUACGGAGCUGGAGUGCGUUAAGUCUCUCACGUCAGAUUGGGUGAAGGGGGAUUGGGGGGAUGCGCAACUUACGUGUGUUAUACAACAUCCAGGAUUUCAGCCAGUUUGUUUGAAUAAAUGGAGUUGACGAAUGGCAGCAGAGCGUUUAAAAACUAAAGAGAAGACAAAAUACCGCCAAACGGGAUCAGAAGAAAGGUUUGUAGCACAUUCCAUUACAAAGUAGUCGCUUGUUAGUAUCGAGAUAGUAGAAAAUUAGUGUGAACUUUAUACGAGCGCUGUUUAUGUCUAUUGUAUUUAUAUCUCCUCAAUUCAUACGAAAGUGGCUCAACAUAUACGAGUAUAUAACUUAUUAUAUUUUACUUAUAACUGCAAUGUAAUACAAAGUCAAUUCGUUCUACAGAUUUUUCAGGAGUGUUGCCUACAGAGAGUUUUCUCGCCUUACUUAUGGUUUACCUGGUUCCAAGAGAAUACCAUUGCCAGCCUGUGCAUACACAGCAAUUCGUGAUAAGUUUCCACUGGGUCCAAAUGAAGAUUCGCACAAAGGAUUUGAUUUAGAUGAGGAUUCAUCUUAGUCAGUUUAUUAUCAAGUUAUAGUGGUGAUGGAACUAAAAAUGCAUGUAGCUAUUAGCUAUGUCGUAGAAUUGUUUCUUGUCUUCCAAAGAYAACUAUUUAUAUCUGAGAUAUAACAAUAUUUAUUAUUAUUAUUAUUUACACAAAAGGAAAUAUGGAAUCUCUUGAAAUACAAUAAAUAGUUAUAUUCAAUAGUAAUASUUGACUUCAAGUGUCCAACAUCUACAUAUACAUAUGUAGUGCAUCUUGUUACUUUUAGUUACUGUAAUCAUUAUCAUACUGACUGGAAACAUUGAAGUUUAUAACAUUUCAGUUCUAACAGCAUAUACCUGGUGAACAAUUGAACCUUACAAUUUUCAAUCCAAUAUUACUUGUAUAUCAAAUCCAACUAUUUUGACUACAUUUUUCACAAUUUUAUGCAUUUGUCACACAAUGUUGUCUGACUAGAUGUUGACUGCAGGCCAGAAAUCUUUUCUAUUAGUGUGGUUUCAGCAAUAUAUUCUCAAAUUCUGUAAAAUAGUUAUAGUUGAAUAAAAGAAUUAUUAUCCUAAAAAGUGUAAAAUAGUAGCUGCUGUUCCAUGCAUUACAUGAGUACUAUGGUUUUCAGUCAUACAGUACAUUGCAUUUCUAUUGUUUAAACACAGCAUUGUCUAUAAGCAAUAUACUGUAGCAUACAAGCAAUCUUAAAAAUUAAA